AACAAGUAAACACUAUUUUUGAAUGAGGCAACAAUAGAAUUUUAAGUGCAUUUCCAAUACAUUUAACAAACAGAUUCCUCAUUUAACAAAAAAAAGUUGAAAUUUUUAAAUUUUGAGUCGCAAAUGAGCAUAGUCGCUAAAGUGGUGUUUUUGGUGGCUUUCUUAGCGACACAUACAAACGCUUUAAAUUAUGUUAGAGUUUGCUACUACACAAAUUGGGCUCAAUACCGAGCUGACCCCAUGAAAUUUUUUCCUGAAGAUAUUGAUCCACAGCUUUGCACGCACAUUAUGUAUUCAUUUGGAAAGAUUACUAACUACAACAAACUUGAUAUGAUUGAGUGGAAUGACAACAAAAUGUAUCCACGUGUCAUGGCUCUUAAGCAAAAAAAUCCAAAUCUAAAAAUAUCUCUUGCAGUAGGAGGCUGGAAUCAUGAAAGCGGAAGUACUUCAAAAUUUUCAGUUAUGGUAAACAGCCAAACAAACAGGCAGGCAUUUAUUAAAUCAACUGUUGAACUUCUUCGUAAGUGGAAAUUUGAUGGGUUUGAUCUUGACUGGGAGUAUCCAGCUGGAAGAGGAAACUCACCCCCUGGAGACAAAAAGAUGUUCACUUUGCUUUGCAAAGAGUUGAUACAAGCUUUUGAUAAAGACGCUGUUGCUAGACAAUUACCCAGACUUCAACUUUCAGCCGCUGUACCUGCUUCUUAUUUAAUCAUAAAUGCUGGAUAUGAAGCAAGCGAACUUGGAAAGUACUUAGACCUUUUGAAUUUAAUGGCGUAUGAUUUGCAUGGUGAUUGGGAUAAAAUAACUGGUCAUCACACUGCAAUGGCUGGUGAUGGAGUUAACGAAACAAAUCGUAAAGAAUUCACCAUACCUUAUGCCGUUGAUCACUGGAUUAAACUUGGUUUUCCAGCUAAGAAAAUUGCACUUGGUAUGGGCACUUACGGCCGUGCUUUCUCCCUUAAGAGUGCAAGCAAUCGCGGUCUCGGUGCCCCUACAGAAGAUAAAUCUCCUAUAGGACAAUAUACACGCGAAGAGGGUUAUAUUGCCUAUUAUGAAAUAUGUAAAAUGGGUCUAACUGUUGUACAAAACAGUGUUGUUGAUGCUCCAUACGGGUACAAAGACAAAACCUGGAUUGGAUAUGAUGAUCAAGCAAGUUUAAAGAAAAAAGUGGAAUCUUAAAUUAUCAAAAAGGGUCUAGCUGGUGCCAUGUUUUGGUGCUUAGAUCUUGAUGAUUUCAAUGGUCGUAAUUGCGGUCAAGGACGUUACCCAUUAAUAUCUUCAGUAGCUAAACUACUUGGUGGAUAAACUUCGCUUGUUGAGUUGUCUUUUUUCCUAAUAUAUAAAGCACUUUUAACACCCGAUAACAGUAGUGCUGCUACUGAUUGUUCUGCUACCAAUCUGUGGUAAAGGAUAUUUCACUACUAAUUUUUGUAAAUGUUAACUAUUUAAAAAUCUAUCUAUUGCAAUUGCUUAUAUUAGGAGUUUUUAGCUGACUUUUUUUUUUUUUUUCUGGUAAAGAUCUUUAAAGUAACUAAAAAUAACUAAAAAGAAAAAUAUAACGUUGUAUUAGAACCUAACCUAUUUAAUUUUUAUUAGAAAAGUAAUUUAGGCGGAAGUGUAUUUCAGGGAACCCCCUUUAGAAAGUCCGUGAAAAAUGACCCACGUUUUACGCAAAACAUUUGAAAAUCAUUCUAUAACUCUGGACCCAACAAUAAAGUUUAUUUUAUUGAAAGCCAUACUUAAAACAAAACCCUGGGGUAAAUCCUGAGCCUAACCCUAAAUGUCAGGUUUAGGGUUUAGUUAGUGUAUAAUUUUCAACAAUAUUCGUUUUAAUAAGACUUCAUACGGACAUACUAAAAAGGAGUGCCUGAAACACACUUCCGCUAUAAAUAAACUUUCUAAACUAGUUUUCAAUGUAACCUCUGUAUUUGUGACGUAUUAUUUUAACUGUGACGUACUAUUUUAAAAUUAGAAUUUUUUACACAA